UGACAGUUCCUGUCCGUUCUUCUUAGUGAGCACAGGAGAGGGUAAAAGCUGGCUUGCAGACACCCCUGCUAGAUGGUCACAUUCAUGCACCUAAAAAUGGACAAAGAAAACGGUGAUGCUUCAUCCAAACCAGCUGACCUGAAAAUAUCCAACAUAUCAGUUCAGGUGAUCAGUGUCCCAGGGAAGCUGCCAGGGAGACACCCACCACGAAAGCCGGUUGGCAAAGCCAAACCCAACAAGCCAGCCAAGAAGAGAGCGCCUUUUUGGAAUGUCCAAAAUAAAAUCAUUCUCUUCACAGUAUUUUUAUUCGUCCUAGCAGUCAUAGCCUGGACACUUCUGUGGCUGUACAUCAGUAAGACAGAAAGCAAAGAUGCUUUUUAUUUUGUUGGGAUGUUUCGUAUCACCAACAUUGAGUUUCUUCCUGAGUACCGGCAGAAGGAGUCCAGGGAAUUUCUCUCCGUGGCGGGGACUGUCCAGCAAGUGGUAAACUUUGUUUACACAACAUCUGCCUUCUCCAAAUUUUAUAAGCAGUCUGUGGUUGCAGAUGUCAGCAGCAACAACAAAGGUGGCCUCCUUGUCCACUUUUGGGUUGUGUUUGUCAUGCCACAUGCCAAGGGCCACAUCUUCUGUGAGGACUGUGUGGCAGCCAUCUUGAAGGACUCCAUCCAGACGAGCAUUAUAAACCGUACUUCUGUGGGGAGCUUGCAGGGGCUGGCUGUGGACAUGGACUCUGUGGUACUAAAUGCUGGGCUUCGGUCAGAUUAUUCUUCAACCAUAGGAUCUGACAAAGGCUGCUCUCAGGACUUGUAUGCAGAUCAUCUGUCUCUCCGCUACCCUCUGGAGAUUUCUGCCACCUCAGGGAGGCUCAUGUGUCAUUUCAAACUGGUGGCCAUCGUGGGCUGUCUGAUUCGUCUCUCGAUUGAGUCUAUCCAACUCGAAGCUGACAACUGUGUCACCGACUCCCUGACCAUUUAUGACUCCCUCUUGCCAAUUCGGAGCACCAUCUUGUACAGAAUUUGUGAACCCACAAAAACACUGAUGUCAUUUGUUUCUACAAACAAUCUCAUGUUGGUGACCCUGAAGUCUCCUUAUAUACGGAGGCUAUCAGGAAUCCGGGCAUAUUUUGAAGUCAUUCCAGAACAAAAGUGUGAAAACACAGUGUUGGUCAGAGAAACCACUGGCUUUGAAGGGAAAAUUUCAAGUCCAUACUACCCGAGCUACUAUCCUCCAAAAUGCAAGUGUACCUGGAAAUUUCAGACCCCUCUGUCAACUCUCGGCAUAGCCCUGAGAUUCCAUAACUAUUCAAUCACCAAGAAGAGUAUGAAAGGCUGUGAGCAUGGAUGGUGGGAAAUCAACGAGCACAUGUACUGUGGCACCUACAUGGAUCAUCACACGAUUUUCCGAGUGCCCAGCCCUCUGGUUCACAUUCAGUUCCAGUGCAGUUCAAGGCUUUCGGACAAGCCACUGUUGGUAGAAUACGGCAGUUACAACAUCAGUCAACGUAAGCCUGGUUAUCAACGAGAUCCGCUCACAAGCCCUGUGUCUUUUUUCAUUCCAGUACCUGUUAAACCUGCCUGCAACACCAGCUCCUCCAGGCAGCAGGGCCCUCUGGUCUGCGAUGGCUUCAAGGACUGUGAGAAUGGCCAGGAUGAGCAGAACUGCACUUGGAGUGAGAAGGGACCCGUGCUCUGUUCCUUCCUCUCUACCAAAGGCUGUAGCAGGCAUUCCUCCACUGUCCACCGAGUCGUCGGGGGCACUGACUCCCAGGAGGGGGCUUGGCCAUGGCAGGUCAGCCUCCACUUUGUUGGAUCUGCCUACUGUGGCGCCUCCGUCAUCUCCAGGGAGUGGCUUCUCUCUGCGGCCCACUGUUUCCAUGGAAACAGGUUGUCAGACCCCACACCGUGGACGGCUCACCUUGGGAUGUAUGUGCAGGGGAAUGCCAAGUUUAUUUCCCCAUUGAGAAGGAUUGUGGUCCACGAGUACUACAACAGUCAGACCUUCGACUAUGAUAUUGCUUUGCUACAGCUCAGUGUCGCCUGGCCUGAGACCCUGAAACAGCUCAUUCAGCCAAUCUGUAUUCCUCCUGUUGGCCAGAAAGUGCGCAGCGGGGAGAAGUGCUGGGUUACCGGCUGGGGGCGAAGGCAUGAGGCAGAUAGUAAAGGCUCCCCUGUUUUGCAGCAAGCAGAGGUAGAGCUCAUUGAUCAAACCCUCUGUGUUUCCACCUACGGGAUCAUCACUUCUCGGAUGCUCUGUGCAGGAGUGAUGUCUGGCAAAAGAGAUGCCUGCAAAGGAGACUCUGGUGGACCUUUAUCUUGUCGAAGACAAAGUGAUGGAAAAUGGAUUUUGACUGGCAUUGUUAGCUGGGGUCAUGGAUGUGGAAGAGCAAACUUUCCUGGAGUUUAUACAAGAGUGUCGAACUUUGUUCCCUGGAUUCAUAAAUAUGUCCCUUCUCUCUCAUAAUUGUACUAGUUGUAUUUUUACCUGUGAUUUAUGUGAUAGAUUCUUUAAAACAAUGCAAUAAUUAUUAAUAAAAUGUCAUGCAAUUUUUCAACCGAAAAUGUUAGAUUGCACACAUCUGAUAUUUAUUGAAAGACAGAUAUAUAGUAUGUGUUCCAUAAAAAUUACCCCAAGCAUAUAAAAUAUUUAUCCUAAGGCAUCAAGACAUCAUUGAUUCAAGGAUGAGAGAAACCUAAAGUAUUGUCACAUACCAAGUCUCUAAAAUAAAGUAAGAAAUGAGGGAGA